GCACAGCAGACGGCCAAAGGUUACACGCGCAGAGCUCUCAGUGGAUAACCCGCGCCUGAUUCUUGUUGACGUCCACCUCAUUCGCCCGAUAUUGCGUAAACGACAAGCCAAAGUUACUCAAGGGUGCGACUUGGACGUGGUGUCUGAUGUAGACUCGGUUCUGAGUUGAUCCCGCGCGGUCCCCCCUCCACUCCACACCGCUGACCUUCUAUCAUUUCUCGACAGCCGGGAAAGAGGCGCUGGUCGCGGGCAUGGAUGCCGUGUGGAUGCUCCCUGUGCUGCUGGUGCUCCCGCUCCUGUUAUGGACAAGCAGCACGUUCGUUUUCUAUUUCAAAAAGUGCUUCUAUGUGGCGUACAUGAUGCUGCUGGCCGUAAUCGCCAUACCGAUUUGCAUUCUAAAAAGCGGCGGCAGGGACAUUGAGAAUAUGAGAGUCAUCCGGUUCUUGGUUAGCCAUGUGAAGUACUUCCUUGGUCUGCGCUAUCAGGUCAGCGGUUGGGAACAUCUACAGACAGACAGACCCUACGUCAUCAUCUCCAACCACCAAUCAUCACUCGAUGUGCUAGGCAUGAUGGAGAUCCUGCCAGACCGCUGCACGAUGAUCGCUAAGAAGGAGCUGAUAUGGGCUGGGACAGUGGGCAUGAUUUGCUGGCUGGGAGGAAUCGUCUUCAUUAACCGCCAAAAGACCAGCGAUGCCAAGAACGUCAUGAGUGACGCCGCCAAAACCAUGUUGGCCGACAAGAUCCGAUUGUGGGUGUUUCCAGAAGGCACACGGAAUCAGAACGGCGGACUUUUGCCUUUUAAAAAGGGAGCGUUUCAUCUGGCCAUUCAAGCACAGGUUCCCAUCAUACCCAUCGUCUUCUCUUCCUACAGUAACUUCUACCUACGAAAAGAGAAAGAGUUCAAAUCAGGAACCAUCACUCUGAAAAUCCUUCCAAAGAUCGAGACAAAGGGACUGACGGCAGAUGAUGUGACGCCGCUCUCCGAGCAAUCGUUCAGUGUCAUGCGUUCGGCCUUCGUGGAGAUCUCCGGCCAAACCUCGCAGAGCAACGGGCCAUCCACCCACUGAGCACCCUUUCAUUCGCUCCGACAACAAGGAUGGCUUGAGACUACGCCGUUGUGGUGGUGGUAAUCAUGACAACCAGGCGCUUUAGUAUCCUCUCCGACGUCCUCAUGAAGCAGGAAUACAUGUCCAUAAAUUCACCUUGACUACAGUACAUACAGCAGAUGUUAUCUUAGCCUAGUUUUGAUCUCCCGUUGGACUCCAGGGGGCGCUAAGCGGCGGAAGGGCGGGGUUUUUUUCUGGCGUGAUGCUUUAACUGCGUCCUCUUUGAUGUUGGUUCGGCUCGGACUGCUUUGUUGAGUUUUGGAGCGACUUCCUGAGAACAUUGUGGAUGUGCGUUUGACAUGCAUGCCUUUUCUAUGUUUCUCUUACUUUCAGAGAUCUACAAAGUCUCGAGGUACUUUGCUUGCAUUAUGGGAAAUCAGUGACAGACUUACAAUUCGUUUUACUUCUGUCAUUUUUGUUGUUGUUGUUGUUGUUUGUUUUUGUAUGCAAGUCUUAUGCAGGAGUAUUUUUCUUUAAAUACGUCCCUUUAUUGUUUUAUAUAACUUUGGUUUAUUGAUUUAUUGACCAAAAAGAUUGAUUUGGAAAUGUCCUAUACAUUCCAGAGUAAAGCUUUUUGUGUGGUGUCAACCAAGGAUUCAGAAAACACAAACAGAUUGUGCGCUGACUAUUAGUUCUGUUUCCUUUUUGCCAUUUAAAGGUUUAGUUUGUAACGAAUAUUUCCAUUGUCACCGUUAUCAAGUGCGGCUUCUUCCUGUGCCAAGUGUCCAAAGAGUCUCAGCCGCUGGCUGUGUAUAAAGGUAGAAUAUUGUGGAAAACACUAUUGAUAAUUGAUCUGUGAUCAGGAUUGUUUGAUUAGCGUUUAGGAGAGAAAUACAUUCCAGUUGACUUUAGUUCAGUGCUUUGCUCCUCUCCUGUUUUGGUUUGUUUUCAGGCUACAAAAUAACAUUUUAAUUUAUAAAAAUGUAUUUAACAUU